GGCGUGUGUGGAGCUGCUGCAGGAGCGCUGCCGCCGCCUGGGCUCCAAGAUGGCGGAGCUGCUGGUGCUGCCCAUCUAUGCCAACCUCCCCUCCGACAUGCAGGCUCGUAUCUUUGAGCCCACGCCGCCGGGAGCCCGCAAGGUGGUGGUGGCGACGAACAUCGCGGAGACGUCGCUGACCAUCGAUGGCAUCGUUUACGUUUUGGACCCUGGGUUCUGUAAGCAGAAGAGUUACAGCGCCAGGACCGGCAUGGAGUCCCUCAUCGUCACUCCCUGCUCCAGGGUAACAGCGCCCCCUUCUGACAGACCCGGGAACACAGAAAAGCACCCCAUCACCCCAUAGGAACCCCAUAAGCAUCCCAUAAGCACCCCAUAAGAACCCUGUAACCCCAUCAUCACUCAUAUAACCCCAUAAGAACGCCAUAACCCCAUAAAACAACCUCAUAACAGCGUGAACACCCCAUAACCCCAUAAGAACCCCAUAACCCCAUAAGUACACCAUCACCCCAUAAGCACCCCAUAAGCACCCUGUAACCCCAUCAUCACUCACAUAGCCCCAUAAGAACCCCAUAAGAACCCCAUAACCCUAUAAAACCAUCUCAUAACCCCACAAACACCCCAGAACCCCACA